UUCUUCAUUUUUUUAAUCCAGGUACUACAGCCCUCUACACUUUCCUCCAGAUGCAUAAAGGGAUUGCCAACAAUCGGCCGAGUGAUAAAACCUUUGAAGAGGUACAAUUCUUUAAUGGAGACAAUUACUAUAAUGGACUGGAUUGGUAUCUUGACUUUUUUCCGUCCACCAAGAACCAAAGCCAUACCCACACCUUUGAGAAGAGUGCCAAUUAUUUUGAUAGUGUAUUAGCUCCCAAGAGGGUUAAAGCUCUGCUCCCGAAGGCCAAGCUGAUUGUCAUUCUUCUUGACCCGGCAAAGAGGGCGUACUCCUGGUAUCAGCACAUGAGGGCACACAAUGAUGCAACCAGUUUACAGUACUCAUUCCGCGAUGUCAUCACUGCCAAACCCGACGCUCCCAAACUACUCCGGGACCUUCAGAAACACUGCCUAGAACCAGGAAGAUACUCAACACAUCUACAAAGAUGGCUCCAGCAUUUCUCAUCCAGACAAAUGUUCCUUUUGGAUGGAGAAAUGUUGAAAACUAACCCAGCUCUUGCCAUGCUGAGGGUUCAGAAGUUUCUCAAGAUCAAACCAACCCUCAAUUAUUCCAGAUUACUCAAGUAUGAUAAAAAUAAAGGUUUUUACUGCCCGGUGGGCCCCAAGAAUAGAACGCGCUGCCUAGGGAAGGGCAAAGGUCGGAAGUAUCCCGAAAUGGACACCGAGUCGGAGGAAUUCCUUCAAGCGUUUUAUCGACAGGAUAAUCUUGUCCUCUCGUCGGUCUUGGAAAAACUCAACCAACCUGUUCCUGACUGGCUGGCUGACCAUAUCAAAGAGUUCUAGUUCACUCUUACCACCAACCUCAUGUAGUGAUCCAAUAGUGUAUUUCUCUGACUUUCAAAUGAAAGGGUUGUAGAGAAGAAGUGGUUUGGUAAUUUUAUCCCUUUGCCCAUGCUCAAGGAUUAUAAUGCGAAGUUCCCACUGCCGAUCUGACAGCUCAAUCUUAUGCUACGGUCACAAAUGCCUUUAUGAACACCGUACCAAUGAUUUUAUACCAUUUAUUGCUAUGUAUAAACACCAUUCGUUAAAUUAUUCUUAAAGGUAUUUGUGACCGUAGCGUUACCUGUUAUUUGAAAGAGCUGAAUUAGCAGUGUUCAUAAUUUGAUCAGAAUAUAGGACUCCAUGGGAGGUACAAAUAGAUGACAAAGCUACCAUAGCAAUCAUUUAUGCAAUGGAGCCCUGAUCAAGCCCAUUUUAUGGGCAAGGUUGGGCUUGCUCAGCAGCUCAUCUGUGUCAACCUACCACGGACAGCAUCAAUCUACCUUUAUCAACAUCACUAUGGUCACCUACAAAGUAUUCUGAACAUGUCAGAUAUAUUAAUUCAGUUGGGAGCUAGAUGGUUAUCAAUCACCAGGGUCCCGUAACACGAAGGUUAGCGAUUAACCGUACGCUUGAUUUUUACGAUUGAUUGUACAUUGUAGUCAAUGGAAUCAAUCGUAGAAAAAUGUUCUACUAGCAUUGCUAAGCUCUGUGUUACUGGCCCCAGAUUAGCUCGCCGAGAUAGACCAACCAGGGCCCUUUUGCGUCAAAGUUAUUAUUAUUGUCACUUUGCCAUCCAAUGGUAACUUCUAGGGUACAAUUCUUAAUAAUCGACCAAACUAACUUGAUUUUGAUCUGAUCAGGUUGUUUGAUUAGAAGUGAGAACCUAGCAUACAAGCCAUUUCUGGUGUAGAUUGGUAAUGCUUUACUUGGUGGGGAAAAAAUGGUAAAGAUUGUUGUUCCAGCACAAUAGCAGACAUCCUGUUAUUGAUCUUUCCACAAUCAAGCUGCCAAGAUUUAGUCCUGUUUCUAGGCAGUGAGAAAAUGGAACAUUUGACCACUUCUUUGAUUGAGGUGAUAAUCUUUUUAUUGUUACAGAGCAUUGAUCCAUCCCCCUUCAUCUGAGAUUUAACCAUCAUUAACAAGUUCAAAUCCAAAAGGGAGCUGGAUCAUUAUCUAGCACCCUUUUUAUACAGCAAUGCCAAUUUGUGCAUAUAAAGCCCUUUCAAAUGAACUUCAACGCCAAAUAUAACCAUUUUCACAAUAUCACUAAACUAGAGGUUGAAACUCUAAUUUUUAUACUAAAAAAAAUCAAGAUACCUUUAAUAGUCAAGAGGCUAAGUCUGUGGAAUUUAAGCCAUGAGGUACAAAGUUUGAAUCCUCCAUUGGCAUUGUUGUUCUUGUGCAAGACAUUUAUCUUCAUUUACCUCUCUCAACCCAGGUGAUGUGAGUUAGUACAUGGUAGGGGUCAUUCCUUGAAAGCAUUGAGUGCUACAUUUACCAAAGCCAGAUCCAGGUUCUUCAAAUGCUAUUACCUAUGGAAAUGUAUCUAUAGAGAUGUGAUGUGAGCUUUACAAGAAUGGACCAUGAUUUGAUUGAUAUGUUUAAUGGGAUAAUGUGCUGUUUGCUCUAUGCUCAAGUGUAAUGUCAGACAUUCUUUAAGAACAUACUUGAUUGCCGUAGCAGCCAUUUAGGCAACAGUUUCUUAAAAGAAACAAAAACAAUUUUUUUUCCUUAUGCCAACAAGCACCUUUUGUAUCUUCAUUUUCAAAGUAUGAUUACUAAAAAAAACAUUAACCCUUGCUGCAAGUGUGCACAUGUUUUAUACAUGAUUUUUUUUUAUCUAUCAGAAAUAUAUUUGAAUGUUGCAUAUUGUUUUAAAUGUGGUACCGAAGGUGUUGUACUCCUACUCAGUGAAUGUGCUCAUUUGCCAAUUUUAUCUGAAGAUAUAAGUAGAAACUCUUGGGUCCGAGUUCACAAAUGAAUGUAAAGCUAUGGGUUGGUUUGAACUCUCCCUUUUUGGCUUCUCAGCACACAUGCAUACAGACUCAGAUCAAGUAAUCUGUAUUCUUUAUUUGUACAUGGGCAAAAUGCACCCAUUAAAGUGCUUAUUUCUGAACAAAUAUGGAGAGUUUAAACCAAGCCCCCAUAGCUUAGCAAUUGAUUGUGGGGAUGAUUUUUUAACGAUUGAUUGCAUUGGUUAUUGUGUAUUAUAAUUUGUUAUAUCAGCCCUAGGGUCCAUUGCUAAAAGCUUUAUGUAACAGGGCCUGAGACAUAUUCUUAACCACCUCUUUUAUUUUGGGGUAUUAGUUACUGGCUUUAAUUAGUCGAAACCUUGUGUGAACUUGACUUGCGAACAAUAAAUCCCAAAACUUAUUUCUAAUGGAAUGUGAGCUGAAAAUUUCCUUUGAAAACCCCAUUUUUUGUAGCAGUACUAUGAAAUCACGAUAGAGGCAUCUCAGUAUUGUACAAAUGCCAGUACAUGUAUAGUGUCUUUUUUAUAUUUGAUAUUUAAUUACUAAUGCUGUCUGAGAAACUUUUCUGUGUUGUACCAAUUGAAGUCUAUUCUCUUCUGUAUGGGGAAAGUGGGAUAUAUUAUUAAUUAUUAUUAUUAUUUUUUUUUUUUUGGGGGGGGGGUGAUUUUGUUACUUUUGUUGAAUUCAGGAUAAAAUUACUACAUAUUCUACUGCUACUACUAACUACUAAAAAUAUAUAUUUUUAAAUAUUUUAAUUGUUUUUUUUUCAUUGGUUCUUGGAAUUACUAGUUUCAUUGGACCUGAACAUUAUUAAUGAAUCUUAUAACUUUUGUCAUUGAGUUACUAAAAACAGAAAUGUGGGCAAAAGUUUGAAGUUAUAACUUUUGCAGUUACUCUAAAGUCUGAGAAAUUGUGUCUUUUUAGUUGAAUCUGUGAACAAUCUGUAAAGAUACUUUGUUGAAAUUGUAAGAUAACAAUUCCUGUAGGUAUGUUUAUCUUAUUCUAUUUUUUUGUUUUUACCGGUACAUAAUAUUGUGGCAGAGCUUUGGACAAGGUCAAGUUGUAAAAAAAAGUACUCUUAGCGACAUUUAUAAGCUACUGAGAAACGGGUUUUAAUUUGUAUAAUGCAGUAAGCAGUAAUGAGAAAUAAUUUUUUUAUGGAUAGAAAGAAGAUUGUUCUGUGUUGUUAAUAAUUUCAUACUUUUGUUAGAAAUUGUUUUAAGUGUCAUGAAGGAAAUGACAUGAUGGGAGAAUUUCUUUGAAUAAUAUGAUGUGUACUAUGUGAUCAUUAUUAGUGUUAGAGCAUGAGGAAGAGAGAAAGAGAGAGAAAGGGCGGGGGGGGGUAGAGAGAGAUAGAGAAAAAAUAUAUUUCAAAUAGUGCAACUCAUGGUCUUAAUUAUGAAAUUACAUAAAGAUAAUAGCCCAUGUUCUGAAGUUGGGUUUAAUUUAAACUCGGUCUGAAGUUGUGGUUUAACUGCGGAAAGCCAAUAAAAAUAUACAAAAAUUUUAAAGCGCUAUGAAAGAAGGGGGGGAAAAGAAUACAAGAUAUCUCAGUAAUAGAACAACAAAGAAACUGAUAGUGAAAACACCAUUACGAAAACUUAAUUAUACAUACAAUUAAAGAGAUAAUCGGCGAAUAUACAACUUAAAUAUAACGGGUCAAUAAUCAUGUAUGUAAAUUUAAAUAAUCCUAAUAACUAAGAACACAAAUCGAACUUUAAAAAUCUGAACACAAUAUGAUAAUGCAAAUUAACUCAGGGGUAUAAUUUCAUAAAGAAAAAAAUAGAAGCGAAAUAUAGGAAAGUGAAACUUAUUUAAUGAGGUAAGUUUUAAGGAGGAUAAAUCUCUUAACAGUAGAGGUUCAUAGUAUCCGAUCAUUUGCCGUCUUCACUAAUAAAGAGUUAGGAAAUAGCACAAUGAACAUAAGAAACAUACAGUGUAAAAUUUUGACAUGUUUGGCUCCCCAUAAUUUUAACACAGAUUUAUACCAUGGCCUAAUUUAAUCCCAACUUCUGAAAGCGGGCCAAAAUCUUUAGAAUUUUACUUGAAAACAUGAACAUGAAAUUUUGUUCAAACAAGUAACCACAGGUUCUUUUGUUUAUAUUUAUUUAGCAAGGAUCUAUUUCAAUUUUCAUGAAACAUAACCACAUUGGUCAGAUUUUGCUUGAGAGACAUGAACUAUAAGUAAUCUACCAAAUGAGAUUACAUACAGGUGUAUUUAAUUACAUUUAUGUAUGUUAACAAAGGUUACAAAUGAGUUAAAUACAUGUACCUAUUAAAUGCCAAAUAGUUGUCAUUUUUGGUUCAAAAUUGAAUUUUCCUGUUAGGAUUGUUCACAUGUCUUUGUUAUUUGCAAAUAUGGUGAAAGUUCCAUGAUAUUGUUCACUAUGUUUGUCAUAACUAUCGACUAAUGAUUUGUUGUUGGAGAAAUGUGUUUCAUGACAUUUUCUCUGGCGACAAUUGCUCUGAUGGGAAAUCUGCGUGUUAAGCAAAACCUAAAACCUAUUAACUAAAACACUAAUUCAACCCUAAUCCUUUACAUUAUUCUGAACUAAAAAUUCUUAGAAUACAAUCCUAAUUUUAACCCUAUACCCUCUGAGAUAUUAAGAUCGGAGGAAACUGAAUGUUUGCAGGAGAACAUGUUGUCACCUGUUUUGGUACAUGGGAAUUUCUGCUUGACAUUAACUGCCAUAUUGGAUAUGUUAUGAUUUUGUGAUUUAAUAUGAACUGAAAAUAAUAAGUUAUUUUUAAAAUUAAAUCCCCUUUGAAAACUAAAAGGGCAAUGAACUCAUUAUAUAUAAUGUGACAUUUUGUUUAUAAUUAUGAUUGUGUGAUUUAGAAUGAAAAUUGAGGACAAUUAUUUGACUUAUCAGUACCAUACAAGUAUUAGAAUGUAUAUGAUUUAAAACUCUUAUUAUUAAAUGUCACAAGAUGGAUGUACAUAUAGUGCACUUUUCUAAUGAAA